UUCAGAAAUAAUAAAUACCGCCACAUUAUUCUCAGGACCCAUGUCUUGUCACUACACUUUGAUCAUUUAAAUAUAGAUAGAUAUAAAUACCUGUUCGAAAGAUUAAAACCGCCACCAUACCUCUCUCAACCGCAAACCGCCUCGCGCAAAUACUGCGCACCAUGUCUACCACGACAAGCAAGUCACCUUCUGUAGCGGCAUCAUGGAAGCCCAUCUUCCUCUCACACAUUGGAAAGAUGCCUUCGCCUGAAUUUGUCUUUUCCAGCCUCCAUCCAGCCCCAAGCGGCUCACCGACACCCUAUGUUCCUCGGGCACGAUACUGCGUCUUCCGCGGAAUGUGGACGGAACUACCUCACAAUGAGCGCAACGAGGCCCCUCGUAAUGAACAAAUCUACGAGAGCGAAUUGCCUACAUUUACAACAGAUGUGCGCAUGCAGAAGGCUGCGGAGAUCUUCACGUCUUCGGCCGGCCACGGAAACCCCGAGCAAUCGACUGGCAGUGGCGGCGGCGGGCCGGUCGAGGCGGUCUGGUGGGUCAAGGACGUCAUGACGCAGUGGAGAAUUACGGGAGAAGCUUUUGUGAUUGCGGACGAUAUUGAAGGCGGAGGAGGCGAGGAAAGUAGUGGCGUACGUACCGUAAAGAGCGAACUGGGUACGCGCAUGAGGGUGGUCAAGCCUGGAAAGGAAAUGGAGUGGAGCUGGGGCAAAGAAGUGACGGCCCAUUUUGGGAAUAUGUCCCCUGGAAUGAGAGGUUCUUUUCGAGGCCCGCCCCCAGGGACGCCAGUAACGGGUCCUCCGCCGCCCGGGCAAGAAUUAGGUCAAAAAGUAACUGAUCUGAAUGAUCCCAUUGCUCGCAAGAAUUUCCGUGUGGUGGUGAUCAAGCCCGAGACGGUUGAGCAGACAGACUUGAGCGAUCCUAGCACUUCUCGGCGCUGGCGUUGGACGUUUACUGGGGAUGGUCAAGAUGGGUGGAAGAAGGAGGAACUGUGGCCAUGAUUUGAAAAAAAAAAAAAAAGUUUAUUGCAGCAGACUUGGCCGCAACUAGCCGCAGUCCAUUGUCAUUGCUGUUGAAGAUCCUCUUCCCCUCUUGUCAUUAGAGCUUAGAGGUUUGAAGAUUAUCAGAUUAUCGGCACCUGAUGAACCCCUUCAGCGAGCUAUUUGAAUCGCUUAAAUCAGAUCCAAUUGAAAAGAUCCUCGAGCGUCGAAACAGCGGUCAUGACUUUUCAUCUUGGUCUAGAAUCAACCCUUUCCAUAUUCCAUAUUUGAUGACAUUAGAAUCUCUUAGGCAGCGUUCAACAUACCUUUACACCAAUCUGAAAUCAUAACUUC